UAGUCUACAGAUGGCGGUGCAGGAGAUGCGGAUUCCUUAGUUUUACGCGAUUUGUCAUCGCUUCAGAUAUUUUACUGCGAAGUUUGUGCUUCGUCACGGUGGAAAUAGGAAAGACGACAUCGCAAAUCGGCAUUUAUUGCGCAUUAUUUUGCAUUUGGAGAAUAGUGCUAUUUCCUUUGUUUUGUGUAAGUUGAUUAAUGUUGUGCGUGUAACAUUCUGGGCCUAUCCAAUCUUCUAAAACGAGCGAUAUUACCGAGGACAGUCUUCAUAAUGUCCGCAUUUUUUUUGCAGAUUUGGCCGUGCUUUUUAAACAACAUAACAUAUACAGAUCUUUCUGUCACCGAAUGUUGUGGUAAUUAAAACGGCGUUGUACUUGAAUGCUAGCUGUUUUGUAGCUAUAUGGUGCAGCUGUGAUUCAGAAAGCGUGUAGAAAUGAUAGCUAGCAGAUUACUACAGAGGUGAAUUUUCACGGAAACAAGUUAGUAGUCGUCCCCAGUGUAAUGAGAAAACCGUUUAUAUUAAAAGUCGUUAUUAAUUUAGCACGGAUGUUUUGACCCGAUAAUAAGCGAAAUGCCUGUACACUGUGUCCUUGUGAUACUGAUGUGAAAAUGCGUCCUGAGCUCAGCUGCUGCGUGGAUGGGGAGUUUUAUUAUAUAUAUAUAUAUAUAUAUAUAUGAAGAAGUGUUGCAAAAUGGAUGUUUAGUUGUUAAGUCUACGGAUGAUCCGUUGGUUUUGGUUCUCAAGUGUUUUGCAUUUCGAAAUACGGCUUAUUCAUUGUUAAAAGUGGACAUGCACAAGAGUGCGUAAUGCUUGCUGACUGGAACACAAUUUUCUGUCAUUUCUGUGUCAUUGGAGAAUUCUAGUCGAGUUUAACCGUGCAGGACUUGGAUUGAGUUAAAAAUGCUGGUUCCCUUACGACUCGGUACAUGUGACAUUGCAUGCUAACGCAUAUGGGGAGUUGGCCUUCCACACAACCUAGUUGAAACCUCUCUACAAUAACGCCAAUAUUCUAAUAUUGGCUAUGGUGUUUAAGCCCUGCUCUUUUAGGUGCGAAGCUGUCUGCAAUAAAAGCAGGUGCACAAACACCAUUCCUCAGAAUUUUCUUCCUUCCAGACAGCGAUUCAUCUCUCGUCUAGAAGCCCUCUACUGCUUCGCCGUCAGCUACAGGAGUCAGCGGGCGGAAUCUUCACGGCAACGAUAAGACUCUCCGCUCCCCUGCAGUGUUCCGGCGAACAUCACUCCGCCUCACCACUUGACGCUUCGCUGGUGAACGGGCCGCUUCAGCAUCCUGAUUCCCCACAGCGCUUCGGUGCUGUUGUGUGUGCUCCAUCAUGGCUGUGGUCAUCCGAUUACAGGGACUCCAAAUCACGGCUGGUUCUGAGGACAUUCGCAAUUUCUUCACUGGGCUCAAAAUUCUUGAUGGUGGGGUUCAUAUAAUUGGCGGGGAGCUUGAGGAAGCUUUUAUAAUAUUUGCAUCAGAUGAAGAUGCAAGACGAGCGAUGACACGCUCGGGUGGCUGCAUUAAGGGAUCUCCUGUCAACUUGCUUCUGAGUAGCAAGUCAGAAAUGCAGAGUGUUCUUGAGGAGAGCACUAGGAGGUCUGAGUUAAAAAGCAGGGGAAUGUACAAGGAGUGUGUCAAAAGACCUUCUGUGGAACAAGGUCCUUCACCGAGAGCAGAUGUGCGAAGGGCAGAUAAUCCAGAAAUUAGGAACAGACCAUCGCCAUCUUCAUUCAGUGAGACACGAAAUCAGAGGGAAGGGGCUGCUUUAAAGAGAGAUGACCUUUAUCUAAAAUUGACUGGGAUGCCGUUCUCCGCAACAAAGGAAAAUGUUCGUAACUUUUUUGAAGGGUUACAAGUUGAAGACAUGCUCUUUUUGAGGAACCAGCGUGGAACAUUUAAUGGACAUGCUAUUGCAAAAUUUGCUACCACAGAGGAUGCCAUUGAAGGUCUGAAGAGGGAUCGUCAGUACAUUGGACCACGGUAUGUACAAAUAACAAGAUGCACAGAGGAGCAAUGGCUGAAAGAAGGGGGUGUUGUUAGAACAGACAAUCGGAAAAGACAGUCUUUAGACCGUGCAAGAUCUCGAUCUCCUGUUUCGAUUAGGUCACGAUCACGGUCCCCGUCCCAUGAAGAAUACUGUGUCUUGUUUGAAAACUUGGCUCAUGCGAUUGAAAAGAGUGAUUUGAGGGCAUUACUUCAUCCGGUUCCUUUGAAGGAUGACCAAAUUAUUAUCUUUGUCCAAAAGAAGGACGAUAGAACCAAAUCGGCUGUUGUGGUGUUUAGAAAUCUUACAGACUAUUGUGCUGGCUUGGCUCAUCAUAAGGAAACAUUGCUGCACAAGGUUGUGUAUGUGUCACCUCUCUCCAAGGAGAAAAUGGUUGCCAUGUUAAAAUUGUCUGUCAAUGAGAGAGAUGACAACAGAGGGUCAAGACGAUCAGUUGAAGUGUCCCAAUUGCAAAGAAGCAUUCCUGACUCCGAGAUGAGGUGCGUCUACGUACGCAAUCUGCCCUUUGAUGUUCGGAAAGUGGAGAUCACGGACUUCUUCCAUGGAUUUCAACUGUCUGAGGAUAGGGUGAUCUUAUUGCGUGAUGAAAGAGGAGCUGGGCUUGGUGAGGCUUUGGUGAUCUUCCAGUCAGAGAAGGAGGCCGUAAUGGCACAGUCCCUUAACGGACAAAGGUUUCUAGGAUCAGAAGUCAUGCUGAAGUGCAUAACAUUGGCCCAGAUGCAGAAUUUUGGUGUGAAUGAUCAGUCAAUGAUGAGCCCACCAGAAAGGAACAAUCAGAGAGCCAGAGAAGUUUACAACGAUGGUCCUCAUUUUUCUAAUACCCAGAUGCGGCCUGAUGAUUUCGAUAUGCAGCCCGAGUUGAAUCUUGGUUAUGAAGGUCGUGAUGGCUUUGAUCCUAAUUUUGACAACAGUAAUGCAUUUAGACCAGGAUCAGAUGAUAAUGGGCACCAUGGUUAUCGAUCUCCUGGCCAACAAUUUGAUGGUCCAACCUGCAUUAAAUUGCUCAAUCUACCCUCACAGAUAAGGAUUGAUGAGAUUUAUGACUUCUGCUAUGGAUACAGAGUGAUUCCAGGAUCAGCCUCAUUGCAGUAUGAUAGAAAUGGAGAUUCCAGACGUUCUGCAACGGUACUGUUUGAAAACCACAAAGAGGCGCUCACCGCACUUCAAGAAUUAAAUAGAAGACCAAUUGGCACCAGGAAAAUUCAGAUGGUGUUUAUGUAGAUAUGCACUCAGUUAUAGCAUCAAAGGAAUUGGUGUGAUGCAUUCUUGUUGUCUCAAGUCAAAAAUGACAAGUUACAUGUGUUUUAAAAAAAAAAUUUCACUGAUGUAAUAAGGCCGAUGUUGUUUUAUAAUUUUUUGUUUGCCUUUAUGGAUUUGCAGAUGAAUACUGCUUUAAUUUAGAUUCAUACCUUUUGUACCCUAUUGUGACUGCUAAUUAUAAAUUCUGCUGUUGCCUUGGAGUAUGUCAAUGACAGUAUCUAAACUCAGUCUGUUUAAUUUGUGCUGUUUUUUUAAGUGCUGCUCUCAUGCGCAAUCAUUAGAGUUAAAUUACGUUAAAUGAGAUCAAACGACUAUUCAGCAAGGAACAUUUUUGUUGAAAUUUUAUUGUCGACAUUGUCGAUAACGUCGACUAAUCGUUUCAGCCCUACCCAAAACCAGAGGCUAUUUAGCGGAAAUGGGCCACUUCUAUUAAAAUGAAUGAGAAAAAUUGGAAUGCCUAGUGGUCAACGGAUGUAGAAAAGGAAGUCCCGCCUUACAGGUAAAAGAGCCAGUCAUCUUUUGGAUACAGACAGACAGACAGUUCUUCUCAUAAGGGGAUGUGUCCCUAACAUGUGGAGGAAAAGGAACAAUUUAGCAUAUGAUGGGACCCACGUUGUAUGGUUUGCCAAGAUGGUGCCACCAGGGGAACAUGCAAAACAUUAACCUUGUAGAUAGAUACUUAUGUUUUGAUAUGUUGCUGUAGUAAGAACAAAUUUUAUAAAGGUCACUUUUAACAACAAAGAAAGGGUGAAUGUGGGAGUGGCCACACAAUAGAACAAUGGAUGCAGUCCUUCACAAUGGCAGUGUUGUGACUACUUUGGUGGAACAUACACAGGGUAUGGUGAGAACAUAGAAGUCACCUCAGAGGACGAACUUUUCAAUUAACUAACUUAAAUGUCUAAUGUGAACUGCCUGUUUUAGGUCAGCUGUUUUUAUGUCUUUAUCUCACUGUUCUGUCCAAUGAAUAACAUCCUGACUGUUCCAAGUGGUUCCUCGUGAAAGUGGAGAGAGCCUUUUACAUAACUACUGUAUAACACUAUGCAACACCCUGCUGAGUCCAGCUGCUUUAUGCAGGUCUAUUUUCUUUCCACACUUAAUAAAUUCUAUCAAGUUGGUCUGUAUAACGAUUUUUUCUCAGGUAUGUUGCCAUUUCAUAAUGAUAGUGACUUCUUUUAUCUCUUUGUUCUUGUUCUCAAUUAUGUAUGCACAUAUAACUAUAUAACAUAACUUUAUGAUCAGAGCCUCAGUACCAUCUGGUGGCUUAAUGCGAAUCAAACUAUAAUUCUGUUUAUAUGUUUUGAUACUUCACAUUUGCUUGUAGGUUUUUAACCUGUUAUGUUUGGUAAAUCUAAAUUAAUUAUGUGUGAUUUUUCAGGAUAAUAUCUUCAAAUGUGGAUGUCUGUCAUGUUGCAUUCGGUCUUUCCUCGUGAGAUUUCACAGUGGGACAGUAAGCAGAAUACUUCAAUAUUUACCACUUGAUGACGAACCUGUAUCUUUAGCUGAAGGACUGACGUUAUCAGUGUACUUUAUUUUUAUUUUGGCUUUAGUUUAUUCUUAUGUAUUUUGAUCUAUACUUUCUUAUAACAAUUUGACUGAUCUUUGUGAAUAUAGCAUCUCAGAAUCUUAGCUCAGUAUAAUUACUGGGAAGUGUUGGCAGUUGGCCAUAAUUACCAGGACAACUCUUUUAUCAUGUCUAAAGCCCCAAAGAGGUUUAAAUGAGGACAACAAUGUAUUCACAAUAAUCACUUUACAGUUGACCACUAAGCCAGUAAUCUCUUGUUGUAUCUCUGAAUACAGGGCUCUGUCCAUGUAUGCAUUAGUUAACUUUUCUUUGCAGACAUUUAUAAACUUAGUCAAAAAUCUUGUUUUUUCUUUUAGGCUACACUUUUAUUUCUGCAACAUAGUUCCAUUUAAUAAAAUUGGCAUCAUCUUUCCAUC